AUGCUGGAGCUACACGUAUGGGGCCCAGUCUUUGGGGUCCCCUCUAUUGACGCCGAAUGCAUCGCUGCCAUCACAUAUCUCCACAACGCCGUCAGGGAUGAUAUUGAAUUCCGCAUCGUUCCAAGCAACAACGUCUCCGUGAGUCCAUCAGGCCUGCUCCCCGCCUUGAACCACGAUGGGGUCUGGACGAGCGGCUACCCCGCGAUCGUGAGGUACCUCUACUCAAAGUCACUCGCCGACGACCUCGACGGCAGCCUGGACGCCGCCCACCGCGCCGACGUCGUCGCAUUUAGCGCCUACCUCGGCGUCCACGCCUCGGCCCUGCUCGACCUCUCCCUCUACGUCUCGGCCGCCAACUGGUCCGCCGCAACGCGGCCCGCGUACUCGGCGCUGCUCCGGUUCCCGCUGACGUGGACCGUGCCGACGCUGAUCCGCGCUGACGCCAUCCAGCGCGUCGAGCACCUUGGGCUGGCGGAGCUCGACACCGACUUUGACCCCCACGGCGGCUUGCAUCUCACGGCGGGUAGGGACGCCUUGCCGGAGGCGUUCCGCAAGCAUCUUCCCGGAACGUCCAAGCACAAGAACACCGUCAAGGAGGAGAUGACGCCCGAGCAGUCGGUCGCCAUCCGGCUCUUUAGCUUAACCGAGAGUUGCUUGGGAACUUUGGAGGAUCUUCUCUCAAAAGCGGACAGGUCGCCUCGUUUCUUCCCAAAGCACGGCACAAAGCGCGGCUUGACGUCGCUGGACUGCCUGGCUUUUGGCUACCUUGCUCUGAUGCUGAAGGCUCCCGUGCCACGCGCGUUCCUAAAGGACUGGGUAGCAGAACAUGCUCCCUGCCUCACGUUGUUUGUCGAUGAUGUGCUGGCCAACGCUACCCCAGCAACAGACAGCAUCGUCUGGGCCGCUCCGCCUCGGCGUGGCUAUCUUUCUGCCACGGGCAGGGUGCUCGACUCCGUUGUCAGACAUAUGCCGGUCUUUGGCGAGCACUACGCUGGCGAGGUGCGCCGCCGUUGCGAGGGCAAGAUGGUCGGCAUUGACCGCCGGAGCGCGUCGCUAACAGCAGCACUGCUCUUCGCCGGCGCUGGGUUUGGCUACGCAACUUACUGGUACCGCAGCCUUGAGCCGUUCGGCGCCCGGUCGCAGACUUGGCGUUCCCAUAGACCCGGCAACUCGCGCCUUAGUCAGUUUGGCGAGCUUGGCUCCAUGCUUGAUAGCGUCCUCGGUCCUGUCAAGCCUGUUGCAAGUCCUAUUGCCGGGGCGGCUGGAAUCGAUGGGCGCAUUGUGGACCUAGAUUCCGAGAUUGAUUGA